CUAAGGGGUAAAAAUGGGAUUGGGCCUUAGAAAAGGGCCGUUUUCUUCUUGAUAUGCUUGUAGUUCAACACUGUAGGGAGUCAGUGUUGCAAACACUACAAGGAUGUGGAAUGGGUAACCAACCCCUCCAAGAUACAAAGGCAGGAGAACAGCAAACAGGAAAAGGCAACACGAAAUGACUAGACUAGACUAGAACCAGACACUGAGACUAGAGACUAAGACAGACAUUUAAUUUCUAGCGAUUAUCUCCGAUUUGAUUGCACAGAUACUAUUUAAACUAAACUGAGCUAGACAAUGACAUGUCUGAAUUCAAUAAUGAAAUGCCUUUAACUGAAAAUUGAGUGUUUAAUCUUAUCAUUAUACAUUACUGACACUCUAUCUUCCAAUUUGAUACUGUUAAGUGCUUUGACACAAUCUGUAUUGUUAAAAGCGCUAUAUAAAUUAAGACUUGACUUGACUUGACAGGGAAAAGGCUCCGUAGAGUGCUAUCACUAGGAGAGCGAUAAACGCAGACAACACAGGAACUAAACAGAAAACACAGAAUGGCUCGGUAAGGCAGCUAACACUAGGGUAGUGCUAUACGCAGACCAAUACUCGGCGAUCUGUGAAAGGAAGUCCCUGGUUUAUGUAGGGUGUGUAAUAGUUCUCAGUUGUGCACGUGUGAUUGAGACAGCUGUAUGUACUUAGUGCAAUGAAUGUUGGGAAAUGCAGUCCGGGGGUGACGUGCAACAGUUAGUGUAUGGCUUAGUUCACACUGUAGGUUGAAGUGGCCCAAAUCCGACUUUUUUGACCAAAUAUGACCCAUAUCUGAUUUUCUUAUGACAGUCUGAACAGCACAAAUCCGAUUUUUUCAAAUCAGGCCCAGACCACUUUCAUAUGUGGUCCUAAAUCGGAUACAUAUCCGAUGUUUUGCAAUGCGACUUCAGUCUGAACGGCCAUGCCGCAUUUCAUGCGAUUUUUUACGUCAUUGAAAUGCGACAGACGUCACAAUUCUGCGCUGGAGGAAAUCGUGCUCUCCUUCUUCUUCAUAUUCUUCUUCUUAUCACUUCGUUAUUUAGGCUCCGAUUGCACAUUAACUUAAAAAUUGCUAAACACACGCUAACACGAGCAGCAUCCAUUUUUAUUUCCGCAAACACAGUGCGCUGCGUCUGACGUCACGUCUUCUUCUGCGCAUGCGGUUCACUUCAGGGCCGUAUACGGUUCACACAUGAGACUGAUGGCAGUUGCAUUUAAAUGACAAUGUGAACAACAGUGCAAAAAAAUGUGUCACCAGUGCAAUGGAUGAUGGGAAAUGCAGUCCAGUGUGAUGUGUGGUGUGAGAGUCAAUAUGAUGGAGAGGCGACCUCUUGUGGCAGUCGGACAAAAGACCACGAACCAGAUUCGUGACACUCAGUAGCUAUCAUUAGGGCACUUGUUCACUUGAUUGAGAUUGGUAUCGAGCUUUCCUUUGUUCCUGAGUCUGAGAAUUAUGUAGACUCUGAUUAUGUUGACUAAACUUGCAUUACAGCAGUAUAGGCCUAGUAUUAGAUAAAAUAAUUUUUUGUUUAAUAUUUUAUUUUAGUAUUCAAAUAUUAUUUAUUUAAUUAACUGAUUAUUUUUUAAUAUUUUGAAUAUGAAAAAUUUACUGCAGUCUCAACAUUGGUGAGUAUUGACUGUUUGUGUUUGUAGAUUAUCUGGCUGUAUGGUGACGGAGGAAGGCUGUUGUUUUCUGGCUUCAGCUCUGAGUUCAAACCCCUCACACCUGAGAGAGCUGGAUCUGAGCUACAAUCACCCAGGACAAUCAUUAGUCAAGCUGCUAUCUGAUCCAAACUACAGACUGGACAAACUCAGUGUGGAUCAUGAAGGAGAGUUCAGGAUUACAACAGGACUAAAGAAAUCACUGCCUGUAAAAUGAGUCGCUAUGAGAAGAGAGAGAAGGAGGAUGUUCCUACUCCAGAACCCAGCUGUGUGUCUGUGAAGAGUGAUGCAUCCAUGCAUCAGCCUCAUAAUUUCAGUGAUGGAGCUGUGACUUCUGACCUUGAAAGCACUGCCUGUAAAAUGAGAGUCUGUGAGAAGAGAGAGCAGGAGGAUGUUCACACACACAAAGCAGCAUCUCCAGAACCCAGCUGUGCAUCUAUGAAGAGCGACGCAUCCAUGCCCCAGCCUCUUAAUUUGAGUGAUGGAGCAGUGACCUCUGACCCUGACACACCUACAAGUCGGAAGCGGAAAAAAAAGGAAGAGGAGGAGAAAGCAUAUGCAAGCACUGCCUGUAAAAUGAGUCUCUAUGAGAAGAGAGAAGAAGGGGAGGAUGUUCACACACAUAAAGCAGCAUCUCCAGAACCCAGCUGUGUGUCUAUUAAGAGUGAUGCAUCCAUGCACCAGCCUCUUAAUCUUAGUCAUAGAGCAGUGACUUCUGAUCCUGAUGUGAUCAAAUUACUGUCCCAUCUGACUGGCAUUGCCUCCGGCUUUCAGACCCUCAUCAGACAGAGAGUCAAAGACCAACACAAAACCAGCAUGAAGAACAAGUAUGAGAAAUUAUUUGAGGGAAUAAAAUUAGAAGAGAAUCAAACCCUCCUGAACAGGAUCUACACACAUCUUUACAUCAUAGAGGGAGAGAGUGAACAAGUGAAUGAAGAACAUGAGAUUUUACAGAUGGAGAAAAGACCCAGAACACAAGACACUGCAAUCUACUGCAAUGACAUAUUUAAACCCUUACAUCAACCGGGAUGUGAGGAGAAAGACAAAAUAAAGACUGUUCUUACUAAAGGCAUCGCUGGAAUUGGGAAAACCGUCUCUGUGCAGAAGUUCAUUCUGGACUGGACCGAGGGCAAAGCCAAUCAGGAUGUAGAUUUCAUGUUUGUGCUUCCAUUUCGAGAGCUGAACUUGAUUAAAGAUCACCAGUACAGUCUUCACAGACUUCUGUUGGACUUUCAUCCUAAACUUCAAGAUCUGGACUCAGAGAUUUAUGAGGAGUGUAAAGUUGUGUUCGUCUUUGAUGGUCUGGAUGAAAGCAGAAUUACACAGAUGUUUUCAGACAGACAGAAAGUCUGUGAUGUGAAUGAAUCUUCAUCAGUGAGUGUGUUGAUGUCAAACCUUAUCAGAGGAGAGCUGCUUCCCUCUGCUCUUAUCUGGAUCACCUCCAGACCAGCAGCAGCCAAUCAGAUCCCCUCAAAAUACAUAAACCGUGUGACAGAAAUUCAGGGAUUCAAUGAGCCUCAGAAAGAGGAAUAUUUCAGGAAGAGAAUCAGUGAUGAGCAUCAAGCCAGCAGAAUCAUCUCUCACAUUAGAAGAAUAAGAAGCCUCAACAUCAUGUGUCACAUCCCCGUCUUCUGCUGGAUCUCAGUCACUGUGCUUCAAAACCUCCUGAAACAAGAUAAGAGUGCAGAAAUCCCUCAAACUCUGACUGAAAUGUACAUCCACUUCCUGUUGACUCAGAUCAACAUGAGGAAUCAGAAGUAUGAUGAGAGAGAUCCAGAGAAACUUCUGAAGUCCAACAGAGUCGUGAUUGUGAAACUUGCUGAACUGGCUUUCAAACAGCUGAUGAAGGGAAAUGUGAUGUUCUAUGAGGAGGACCUGAUUGAAAGCGGCAUAGAUGUCUCAGUGUAUUCUGGAAUUUGCAAAGAGAUCUUUAAGGAGGAAUCUGUGAUUCAUCAGAGGAAAGUCUAUUGCUUCAUACAUCUAAGCUUUCAGGAGUUUCUGGCUGCUUUCUUUGUGUUUUACUCACAUGCAAUCAAGAAUAAUGAAUCACUGAUGUUGAUACUGAAUGGAAUAUAUCAGUGGUACAGUUGGAAAAACUCUCUUUAUAAGGUACUGGAAGCCAUAAUUAAUAAAUCCUCAAACAGUAGAAAUGGACACCUGGAUCUUUUCCUGCGGUUCCUGCUGGGCAUCUCACUGGAGUCCAAUCAGAGUCUCUUAAAGGAUCUACUGACACAGACAGUAAACAGCUCAGAGACUAUCAUGAAGAUCAGAAAGUACAUUAAAAACACAAUCAAGGGUGUUGAAUGUCCCUCACACAGAAUCAGACAAGCCACACUGUCCCUCACAGGGAUGUUGCAUCCAGUGCCAGAUCCUUUCCCAGUAUCCUCGGAACGUCGCUCGGCUGACAGAAGCAUCAAUCUGUUUCUCUGUCUGCUGGAAAUGAAGGAUCAGACUCUGUACAGAGAGAUUCAGGAGUUUGUGAAAUCAGAGAAUCACUCAGUGAAUUAUCUCUCUCCAUCUCGCUGCUCAACAAUAGCCUACAUGCUUCAGAUAUCAGAGGAGUUGUUGGAUGAGUUUGAUCUGAAGAAAUACAACACAUCAGAUGAGGGUAGGAGGAGACUGAUACCAGCUGUGGUGAACUGCAGAAAAGCUCUAUGUGAUGGCUGUACUCUCACUGGUCAGUGCUGUAAAAGUUUGUCUUCAUCUCUACAAUCAAACUCCUCAUUGAGAGUGCUGGACCUGAGCAACAAUGAGCUGUCAGAUUCAAGUGUGAAGUGUCUGUCUGAUGGAAUGAAGAGUUCACACUCUCGACUCAACAUACUGAGAUUGUCAGGCUGUAAUCUCACUGGUCAGUGCUGUGAAAGUUUGUCUUCAUCUCUACAAUCAUCAAACUCCUCACUGAGAGAGCUGGACCUGAGCAACAAUAACCUGCAGGAUUCAGGUGUGAAGCUUCUGUCUGAUGGAAUGAAGAGUUCACACUGUCAACUCAACAUACUGAGAUUUGAUGGCUGUAAUCUCUCUGGUCAGUGCUGUGAAAGUUUGUCUUCAUCUCUACAAUCAUCAAACUCCUCACUGAGAGAGCUGAACCUGAGUAACAAUGACCUGCAGGAUUCAGGAGUGAUGCUGCUCUCUGAUGGACUGAAGAGUUCACACUGUCAACUCAACAUACUGAGAUUAUCUGGCUGUAUGGUGACAGAGGAAGGCUGUUGUUUUCUGGCUUCAGCUCUGAGUUCAAACCCCUCACACCUGAGAGAGCUGGAUCUGAGCUACAAUCACCCAGGACAAUCAUUAGUCAAGCUGCUCUCUGAUCCAAACUACAGACUGGACAAACUCAGUGUGGAUCACGGAGGAUUGUUCAGGAUUACAACAGGACCACAGAAAUAUGCAUGUGAUCUCACACUGGAUUCAAACACAGCAAGCCCUCAUCUCACUCUUUCUGAUAGGAACAGAAAGGUGACACGUGUAGAAGUAAAGCAAUCAUAUUCUGAUCAUCCAGAGAGAUUUGAUGAGUACAAUCCUCAGGUUCUGUGUAGAGAGAGUCUGACUGGACCCUGUUACUGGGAGGCUGAAUGGAGCAGGAGAAAGGAGGUUUCCAUAGCAGUGACAUAUAAAGGAAUCAGCAGGAAAGAAUGGAGUAAUGACUGUAGGUUUGGAUACAAUGAAAAGUCCUGGAGUCUGAACUGUACUGAUGACAGUUUCACUGUCAGACACAAUAAAAAAAUCACAUAUAUAUCCGUCUCUUCAUUCUCUAACAGAGUAGGAGUUUAUCUGAACUGGUCAGUUGGCCGUCUGUCCUUUUACAGCGUCUCUGACACAAACACACUCACUCACUUACACACAUUCAACACCACAUUCACUGAACCCCUCAAUGCUGGAUUUAAGUGUUGCUAUACUGACAGUUCAGUCUCGCUGUGUGAGAUUAAACAGCUACGUGUGAGAAACAACUGAGACAGUUGAGAGAAAGAAACACAUGUCUGUCUUUAAGUCACACAGCUGUAAACUUUCUCUCUUCUGAUCUUAAUUUUUGUCAGUAUGUAGAAACACACACAUUUAUCUUCAGUCUUAAUGAGACAGACCACAGACUUCUAUUAUGUUUUUAUGGACAUUUGUAUGCAGCUCAACAAGAGUUUUGUCUUUUUGAGUCUCUGAGCACCACAUGAAGGAAGAUUUAUUUUAACCUUGUGUUACAUCUUUGCAUUUCUGAUUGUAUCAGUGUUUAUAGACCUCAUUUCUUUUUGGAGAUUAAGGUAUGGAAGUUGGAUAAUCUUGCGAUAAUUACUAGUAAGAAAAUUAAUGUUUUUUUCUGAUUGCUGUGAUAUACAAUAAAUGCAUUAAAAUGUAUUUUACAUUUAUUUUCAAUUGUUCAUUUAAAAAAAAAAUAAUAACACACUUGUACAUUACAUGCCUUGCUAAGUAUAAUGUGAUGUAAUUAAAAUGACUGUACAUUUAUUUUAUGUAGUUAAAAAUAAAACUGUAAUAGCAAAGAGGUCAUGGAUGUAUUAUUUGGACCUUAAUAACACAUAAAACUGAACCACACUACUUUUUACUCUGCUUCUUUUAAACAGGUAGAAUGUACUUUGUUUUUUGUAUUUUUCUACAAUCAUGUGUUUUUG